AUGAGCGGCCCGCAAAGUCCUAGGCCAUCCAUAGGACUUGGGUGGCCUGGGGACCGAGCUUUCCCAGCAGGGGAGCCGGUGGAACAACGGUGCAAAUUCCAGCCCAUGAGCCGCAAUAAGUUUCGGGGACCUCCUGAGAAAACGCCCCCGCCAAGUCGUAACUAUCGUUGCAAGACUCGGAACUGUCCGAUGACACUGGAUCACGAGCAUCGGGGGAAAGGUAGCGGAGACGCGGAUGAUGGCGGCGAUCUGGAUAUCGUCGAGACCAAGCAGCCUGGGAUUCCAGAACACCCCUCCGACGAUAGCGACCAACAUCGACCGGCACCGCUCGCCCGCCGAAUAUCUCCCCGGCCCGGCAACUUGAUUGGCCUGACUGCGGCCUCCUCUCACCUCGCCGGCGCCAUGGACAAAAUUAUUCGCCGUGUGCGCAUGGCUGAGCGCAAUGUUGCACGGCGAGCCAAGCGCAGGGAAUACGCUCUCAACGGCGGGAAGCGUCGCCGGAACCUCCAAGAAAUUAUGAUGCAGAGAAAACAAGUCGGUUCUGAACUUGGGGCUGCUAUCAAGGCCCGGCACGAAGAUCGCGAGCUCGGUCCUCUCGCACCAAAACGCGAUAUCCCCAAACCCAACCAGUUCAACCUCUACUGGGGUUCAAUUUCCCCCGAUCGGGCUACACUCACUUCCAAAAUUUCCGAUGCACAGAGAGAAGCCCGCGGCGCUUGGGCGGGAGGGGCGAAACUACUUUGUCUGGCUCCGGGCGACAGAGUCGUCAUUACCGAAGGCGCCUACAAGGGCCAAAUUUCAGCAAUUAGCUCGAUCAACAAGACUAACAUGACGGUCGAGGUCGAUGGCAACGUCGGCAUUACGAACAUCAGGGUUCCCGACUUCCUCCUCCAGGAAGAAGACCCAAGGGCCGUUCAGCAGAUCAAGGAACACAUUCCUAUCUCGGCCGUCCGGCUGGUACACCCACUCGAAGACCCGGCGACCGGCACGAUCCGCGACGUCAUCAUUCGCGAGCUCAAGCCCAUCCGGGUGAAGCACGACCGGCCGACGCGCAAGGUCUUCUUCUUGCGCAUGGUCCCGGGACUAAACGUGCAGAUCCCCUGGCCAAAGGUGCAACCGAUCCCGAAAGAAGCCUAUGCGGACGAUACACUCCGCCUCGAUGUCGAGGAGCGUACCUUCGUGCCAACGCUCCUGCGCCCGCCCAUGCCCGAGAAGGUACUAGACGAGCUGCGCAACCGAUACUCCAAGUUCCGUACGCGCCAUACCCCCGAGUACAUCGCCGAGAUCGAGGCGCGCGAGGCCGAGAAGAAGGCCCGCCAGAAAGGGGCCCGCGUCGACGAGAUGCUGCUGCCCGUGCAGGAGUACAACCGCAAGAUACGUGAGCAGCGCCGCGAGCGUGGCGCUCCCGAGCUGUCCGAGGAGAUGCUCGAGAAGAUCGGCGAGGUCAUUGCCAAGAACAAGUUGGCUAGAUCACAAGGUGCUGUCGCGCCUGCGGAGGCGGAAGUGGACAAGGUGCAGAAAGCGGUAGAGGAGCUGUCACUGGGCGGCGAUGUGCAAGGUACGACUGGAGGGGACCAACCCAGGCCAUGA